GAAAGAAGAAGAAAAGGCCGCCGGAAGUGGUCGGACGUCCCUUUGUGGCGUGUUACCUCUAAGAUGGCGGCGCUGUUAAACGGCUUGGGCUGUCCGUUUAUUUUUGCGCCGAUUGACGGUUUCUGUCGCCGGUAACCGGGACACCGAGGUGUGCUUCUGACGGCAUGAAAAACGGGUGCACGUGCAAGUGAACCGGAUGCCUCGCGUGAAUCGGACGGUCGUGUUAUCACUGCUGAUUGUGAGCAGCUCCGUGUUCCUACUGUUCCAGCUGUAUUACUACCGGAAAUACGUCAGCAAGGUGAGAGGAAAAGUACCUGCGACGGAUAUAUCUAGAUAUAGAUAUAUCCGGCGCAGGUACUUAUAUAUAUAUAUAUAUGUGUGUGUGUGUGUGUGUGUGUGUGUGUGUGUGUGUGUGUUCACAAUGCUUUUUUAAAAAUCCAGCAUUAGUUUUAUGUAUUUUGGGUAUUUAGCUACUCCUUGAUCAGAUGUUGCUUUCAUGGAAAUGCACCAUUUUACUCCAUUUACCUAUAGAUAUACAUUGAUGUUAACAGACCAUUGCAAAAGAUAAUAAGGGCUUAGUUUUAGGGUUGAAAACAUAUGCAAGAGUCACAACUUCAGAGCAAAAGCAAAAAAAAAAAACAAAUCACAGUUGGAUUAUUCACUUUAACUUUUUGGCUUUUGUGAGUCUGCAUACAAAAAUACUAAUAAAUCUCAACAGCAUUCAAACUACCACAAAAAUGGCUAGAAAGAAGCAUCUGAGUAAAGAAACAAAAGUACAGAUUUGUACAUUGAGGAAAGAAGGAUACACAGAAAGAGAAAUUGCAAAACGCCUAAAGGUGUUUAACAAAGGAGUCCACUACACUCUCAAGAGACUAGAGGAACCUGGAAGUUAUGAUGAUAGAAAAAGACCUGGGCGAAAGAGUUACUACAAAAGCAGAGGAUAAACAGCAUUGUCACCAGUAAGAGAAAUUGGCAAAAGACAGCUCCAAGAAUAAGGGAGGAAAUCAACAUGACAAGGUCGAAACCCAUAUCUCUGACAACCUUGAAAUGUCGUUUGAGAACGGCUGGUCUGAAGGGUUGUGUAUCUGCAAAAAAACUACUUCGUACAAAGAGAUAUGAGUGUGCAAACGCUCACAAAAAUUGGACUUAUGAUGACUAGAAACAAGUUUGCACUGUUUGGUUCAAAACACAGAGUCUAUGUCCGCAGACAAACUGGUGAAUGUUUGAAAGCACCAUGUGUUACACCCACAAUUCAGAAUGGAGGUGGUAGUUCCAUGGUAUGGGGAUGUUUUGCAGGUGAUGGAGUAGGAGAUUUGUUUGAAGUAAAAGGUAUCAUGAAGGAACAGUACCACUCCAUCCUCCAGCACCAUGCUGUUCCAUCUGGACUCAGACUUGUGGCUCAUAAGUUUGUUUUGCAGCAAGACAAUGACCCGAAGCACUCUGCCAAGCUCUGUAAGGGUUACCUAGACAAAACAGAAGAGGGGGGUGUUCUUCAAAAGAUGGUUUGGCCCCCUCAGUCUCCAGACCUUUCUCCAAUUGAGCUUGUGCUGGAUGAAUUGGAUCGAUCGGUCAGAAAAACGCGUCCCACGAAUCAGCAGUCUCUUUUUAAUGAACUUAAGAAAGCUUGGAAUGCAAUACCUGGAACAUACCUUAAAAAACUCUUGGAACGAAUGCCUAGUAUAUAAGCUGUUGUUAAAGCAAAAGGAGGUUACUUUAAAGAAAGCAAAGUCCAAGCAACAAUAACUCAAAUACCUAAUAAUUAUAGUCAAAAUGUCUUCUGAUAAGUUACUCUUUACACAAUAGUUAUGUUUAUUGUGUUGCAAAUUAUAUAUAUAGUUAGCAUGUUUGAUUAAAAUGAUACACACUGAACUCCUCUGAUGUUAAAUUUCCCAUCAUGCCUUCCUCCUUCAGCCUGGCCCUCACAUCCUGAGCCAAACAGGUCACCUGACUGCCAGUGACGUCCAAUGGGUAAGUCGGCAGCAGCAGCUCUGAUGUUAGCAUAGCUCUGAGCGCUAGCAUUAGCACCAUGACCAGUGUUAGCACUGUAAUUAGCAUCACUGUUAGCAUCAACAUUAGCUCUUCUGUUAGCAUUAACAUUAGCUCUUCUGUUAGCAUCAACAUUAGCUCUUCUGUUAGCAUCACAGAGUUAUUUUAUUUUUAUAUUUGCUGUCAGUUUUAUCCUACUGUGACGGUUGACAUGGUAACAUCUUUCCUACUGUGAUAGAUGUCACGGUAACUGUUUUUCCUAUUGUAACAGUUGUCAUGGUAACUGUUUUUCCUAUUGUAACAGUCAUCAUGGUAACCGCCAUGCUAUGCCUGGUUACAGCAAACACUGAGGAAGUUUCUGGCACUCGCUCAGCGCUUCAGGUUGCCAUUGUUCCUCGCUGACACCGUCUCCCUGACACUGCUUUCUGAAGAUGCUCUGAGGCAGCGAGAUCGGCUCGUGCGUGAGCCGCACUGCACUUUCCUGUGCACCGGUCGACCAAUCACAUCCUUCACUCUGCACGCCAAUCUGUGGAAGUAUGAUGUGAGUGUGUGAGAAACCUUUGAGUGUUUUUGCAUUAGUGUGUCACAUCUGUGAGACAUUAACUGUGUGUGUGUGUGUGUGUGUGUGUGUGUGUGUGUGUGUGUGUGUGUGUGUGUGUGUGUGUCAGCCCGGCUUCCUGUUGGCUGCUGAACAGAAAGGAUUCCAGGUGCUGCAGGUACGAGGAGACGACCCACGACUGGCCAGUCUGGACAUCCUGUCAGGACAAGACAUCCCCCUGCACUUCCUGCUCCGCCUCCAGGAUUACAUCAUCCAGGUAACAGACCUGAGACCAAAAGGAUUCUGGAGACCUUCUUGCAUGAGUUUGUUUUUUUCAGACGUUUGUAAACUCGACUCAAAUUCUCUAAAGGUACGUUUUCAUCUCAGUGAUAUCGACCUACCCGGUUAAGAAGCAAACCUGUGUUUCUUCAUCCUGCUGUUGUGGAAACUGGACGGAAACAGAGGUCGGGAGAGGCAAUCAGCAGGAGAAGCCCCAUGAAGGUUUUACAUGUGGAGGCCACAGACCAGUUCCCUCUCCUCAUCCUUUCAUGAGGAUUCUCAGCUAGUUGUGCGUUUUUUUCUCAGUCUGCUCACCACUGGUUAGGAUGAGGAGGUAUCUGUAGCCCACAGAGGUUUCACUUAGUGCUGCUUCACCAGAAUGUCAAAUCGGGAUGUGCCAUUCAGAAGAUUUGACGUGUCUUCAAACAGAGUGAGAGGAAUGUAGAAAAGGACCCCAUGAGUCUGACCAGGACACCAGGAGCAGUGGAGGAGAGACACAGACCAGGACACCAGGAGAGGUGGAGGAGAUACCCAGACACAGACCAGGACACCAAGAGAGGUGUAGACUGCUGUGUGCAUCUUUCUGAACAAACUAGUGCUGGGCGAUAGGACGAUAGAUAUCGUGGGCACGAUAGAAAAUGUCUAUCGUGCCAUUUCUAUUUUUAUCGUUUCGAGCGAUAGGCUGUAUUUUAUCCACAGAGCUUGUGCCAUCAGAUGAUUCAUAGUAACAACAACAAUAAUUGCACAUUCAGUAAGUGUAUUUGGUGUCAACAGGAAAGAAAACAAUAUUUUCUUACAAAGAAAAGGAUGCGUUGACAUGUAGGCUCGCAUUUCUGUUUCGAUUUUGCGACAUGACGCCGCUUUACGUGCCCUCUUAGUGUCCAGCGUCUCCCGCCGUUGCGGGUUACCUGGGUAACACACAUGAGGGGAUCAUUGUAAGCAGUGCUUAAUUUGUGCCGGAGCACGCUCCGGGACCUCUUUUGAUGGGAUCCGGGACCUAUUUCAGCUGCUCCGGCACCUGUUUCAUCUGCUCCGGGACCCUCCCUGUAGAGGAUGACAUUUUUCGGGAAUUCCCGUGGGUCACGUGAUUCCCGCGGGAAUCCCACGGGAUGGGAGUCAUUUUUUAAUUAAUCCCUUGAUCAGGACGGGAUGGGAAAAAAAGCAACGGGAGUGGGCAGGAGCGGGAACAACAUUAAUAGAUGAUCAUUUUCAGCCGUGUUAAACAACCAGAUGAACAGGUACGUCCAUUUUUGUAGUCAUCUCUCAGUGAGAGCCAACACUCUUGACCGCGCUAGCAACACAAAAGAACUACAACAGUGGUUUGACUUCCUGUCAGCUGGGAGCACGGCUCCGCAUUUCUACCCUUCAAGCCAGGAGUGAGGAAACGUAAUUUUGUGACAUUCUGUAGUUUUUCAAUCAUUUCUGGAGUCGUGGUGAAUCAAAUCACCUUACCUGUCUGCCCCUGAUAGGCGAAUAAAGCGCUCGGAUUCAUGCUCGGGUCUUGCUACGUGCUUGAUGAGUAAAGUAAACAAUGAUGGAGGCAGAGAGCAGCUUUGGAGGAGAAACAUCCAGCAGUGUGAACAACCUCUUCAAAAGAGCCCCAAAGACCUACCUUUUUAAUAAAGCCUUUGGUUAGCUUUCCUCUACGCUUUUACUACCUUGCCUCUUACAUUGCAACUCUAUAUUCUUUAUUUUUUUUGUUCUUUUAUGCUUUUUUAUCCCAAUCUGUGACUGUCAUUCUAUUGCUUUUUUUAUUGUUGCUGCUCUUUUUUUACUGUGCACUGUAGCACUUUGAGAUUUUUUGUAAAUGUAAAGUGCAUUACAAAUUAAAUGUAUUAUUAUUAUUAUUAUUAUGGAGUGCUUUGGCUCACACUAUCGGCGUUUUCUGUGAGUGUUGCAUAACUUUGGGUGAGCACAGACAUGAACGCACUUCAGCCACGUAUUUAUUUAUUCAUUUUUCUAGUUUUAAGUGCUGGUCUUGUACUGGCACUGUUCUAGGGCAGCUGUAUACACUUACAUUUUUCAUAGAACUGAAAGCAUACCAUAGCUAUAUCGUGGUAUAUAUUGUUAUCGUGAUAUAAAAUGAUCCAUAUCGUGAUAUACAUUUUUUCCAUAUCGACCAGCACUAGAACAAACUGUCAGAAACAGACUCCAUGAGGGUGGCACAAGGGCUUCAAGUCCAUAAGUGGGGCCAGGCACCGUGGAGUCUGACUGACUGACUGAAGACUAGAGUUUGCAGACUGACUUUGGUGCUUGUUCUUAUCAGGUUCAGGCUAAGCACAUGUGGCAGGCUGAAGACCGUCUGGAGACUCCAUGGAGGAAGUUCCUCCAGCAGGGACCAGUUUGGUGGUGAGUCAGCUACCCUUGGAGGACUGCACAGUCCUCCAGGUGCUAGUCAGAGGUACCUUGACUCUGUUCGGUACCUGAAUUAGGUCCUCAGACCCUAUUGCAGUGGACCCUGAGUUCUUUGGUGGACCAGGACACUUUCUGGAUGAAGAAGGCGUUGAUGCUAACUGCCGGCCCGCCUGGUUCCAAGACGUGAAUCCAGUCCAGUACCUCUGUGACAUCAUGUUACACCCCCCACAGGCAUGUCCCCCCACAGACUUUCCAGCAGCUGACUGAUGCUCUGAUCCAGGUCUAGGAGGAGAUACCCCAGGUGACCAUCAGAUGUCUCUUGAGGAGUAUACUCAGACGCUCCUGAGUUGAGGACAUUCACACGACUGAGACACAAAUUCACAGAGUUGGAUCAGCCUGUGAUCCUGUUUUCCCACUUUGACUCUGAAUCCAGACCUCAGUGGGUUCAUGGUUUUGGUUUUCAUCGAUCGUUUUUACGGAAUUCUGUUCUCAAGGAAUAAAAUUUUGUCAUUGAUAAAGAUUUUCAGAUGAAAUGUUUCAUGAAUCCAGUUCUGGGAUUGAAGUGUUCCCUUUAUUGUUUCAGCAGUCUGUUUUUGACCAGGUAUCUGACCAGGUGGUUGCUGAUGUCACUCAUGUCUGUGUUUCCAGGUUGUCUUCCUGUAUGAGCGUAGUGGGAACUACCUUUGGUUCGGGGCUUUACGUCUUAAAGGGGACAUGGACCGAAGCUUUGCACCGUUCACUCAGCUGGACUUUGGUCGCCAUGCAGGUGCUCUGAACAGGUGAAAUUUGGAUUAAACGAAUAAACUUGAUGACGAUAGUUUCUUUAAAAUGGUGUCAUCCAGAUGGAGUUGUCUGUUUGUUGCCCCCUGCAGGCAGGAGCUGGUCCUGACAGUUCUAGACGGCCUCGAUGUUCGAAUCCCACGAAACAUUACUCGCUUUCUGUAUGAGCAGCGACAUGCUCGCUUCCUGGAGUGUCGUUACCGUGAUGCCCGCAACUUCCUUCAGGUGAGAUGAAGCAAUGCCUCAGGAUUAUUUGAAAGUGUAAUUUCAAAAGGUCUUUCAUAUUUCAGGUUCCCAUGAUUUAUGGACCUCUUUGAAAUGAUCAGGAACUUAUUUUGUCGCAAUGUUUGCCCCCCCCCCAGCUCUACCCUGAUGACUCAUCCUCUGCGGCACUGGAUUUUAGGAGGAAGGUGAAGUCAUUGCUUCAUCUGGCGGCACAAACACUAGCUCAGCUUGACGUCCCAUUCUGGCUAAGCAGCGGCACCUGUCUGGGUAACAUGCUAAUACAAUGUGCUUAACGGCAAGCUAACCCACAAAGUAAAUGCUGGCAUGCUAACAACUGUCUCUGUUGUUCUGCCUGCAUGUCCAUCGCCCCCUGUAGGCUGGUUCAGGCAGUGCAGUAUUAUCUCUUACAGUCGGGAUGUGGAUAUUGGGAUUUUCGUGGUGGACUUUAGACCAGACAUCAUCUCAGCGUUCAGGAAUGCAGGCCUGACGCUCAAACACAAGUUUGGAAAAGUAAAAUUUAAAUGUUUUAGAGCAGCAAGACUUUUAUUUUGAAAGUAUUUGUUUUGUUUUGAAAGAACAAUAUUCUAACUCUUUUUUUUUUUUUUUUGUAACUCAGGUGGAGGACAGUUUAGAACUUUCUUUUCUGAGAGACGACAUCAAACUGGACAUUUUUUUCUUUUACGAGGACAGAGACAUUGUGUGGAACGGAGGAACGCAGGCCAAGAGCGGCAGGAAGUUUAAGUAAUAUAAAUAUUAAUUAUUCUUUAUAUUUUCAAAAUAAAGUUGUUAUUUUUGUGUUUAAAAAACAAAGAUGCCUUUUUGUACAUGCGCAUAUAAACCCAAAGCAGAAGUUUAAAGAACUAGUGCAAACGGGUAUCGUAUCUUAAACCUGUAUCAGUGUGUCAUAUUUAUGUGUUUUUCCUUUCAGGUACGUCUUCCCUCGCUUCUCGCUCUGCUGGGCUGAGCUGCUAGAUCUCAAAGUUCGCGUUCCCUGUGACACACUGGACUAUGUGACCGCGAACUACGGCUCCACCUGGAGUGUACCUGUGAGGAGCUGGGACUGGAAGUCCUCACCUAGCAACGUGCAGGAGAACGGGGUGUGGCCUGCAGCAGAGUGGGAGGAGCUUAUCCAAGUUUAUUGAUGGACCUUAGCAGAUGUGAGACCGCAAACUGAAAAAUAACAAAUAAAGCAGAAGCAGAGCAGAAAAAGAGUGGGUUGUUUUUUCUAACCCUUCAGACUGAGACUGAGGCUGUUUUAAGAACAGAUAAUAUAACAGUAAUUAUAAUAAUAAAGACAUUUUUAAUAAUGACAUUAAUAACUUUGUAAUAAUAAGAUUAGGAAUGAUGGAAGCUGACCUUGUUGGAAGAGUCAAUAAUAAGAAAUGUCGUCAGUUGUUUGUUUUAGCAGUGAACUCUGGAGUUCAAAACACCUGCUGCACCUUUCUGUGUUGACCUAUACAGCAUUGAGGGUUAAAGGUCACAGUAAUACUCAGUACGUUUACAUGCACAGUUAAACCACACUAAGCUCAUAAUUGUUUUUUUUUUUUGCUGGAUUGGACUUCUCUCCUUGUCCGUGUAUACAUGCAGCUGAGAAAAUCGAAUCAUUGACGUGUCUUCCUCCCCAAAACUUGGAGGCGAUAUGGGUCUUUUCAGCGGUGCUGUUUCAGACCCCAUACAACCAUCAACAACAACAGCAGGUCCAUGCCAGGUGCCUAUUCUACGAAGCAGGAUCACUGCUUUGCCAGGUAACUUUGUUUGGGGUUUCCUGUUCUACAACGCGGGUCCAUUUCUUAGCGAGGCGAGUCUCCAUGGCAACGUACGCUGAACGGCUAACCUGCUCCACCUUACAUGCGUGCACACACUCAUAGCAAAGCUGGAUCCACUUACGAGGUUGAUAACCAGCGUCGUAAGACCGUUUAGCAAGACCACUGGCUACCGCGCUAAGUUGGUAGCUCCAAGGCUACCCCGCUCAGUUGAACUUGCUUUGUAGAAUAGGCCCCAGACGUCAGAAGUGUCUACGGCUCUCCUCACACGAGGACAGCCUCAUAUUGUCUUGGCAUCAGCACCAAAACAUGUAUCACUGUUUACACAUCGUAUUGUACAUAGGCUUAGUGCAUUUACAUGCCACGCAAAAUCCACACAAAAUCCUGUAGUACAUACGCCUGGCCUAAAGGUAACACUGGGAAAUUGCCACAAAAUACCAAAAACAGAGAAUGCGCAUACAUACAUGCUGUGUGUGUGACAACAUGGGUUGAGGGGCAGGGAGGAGGAGGGGUGCUAUGAGGUCACCGUCUUUCCCGGACUUAUCUAUUUAUACCAACUACGGCAUGAAGACGAAUACCGAGAUAUCCACCUGCAGACCCGUUUUCCCACGGAGUCAUGGACAAACACGUGUCUCCAUGUGUCAGCAUCACCAAAUUGAUAGUUUAUUUUACCGGUGUCUUACAAAAUCGUACUCAUGUAAAGACCAUCUACAACUGCUUCAACUGGGCAUUUUGGAGCAAUAAGAUGGAGCAUCGUACAGCGUUGUUUUUGUCCUACAUGAUGGACACUUUUCUGCAGCUGAGACGCACGCUACUCCUCUGGUGUUUUUGUUCAAGGGUUACGGGGACGUGGAGCACGUGCACAUGCAUUAUUCGAUCAUACUCCAACUUUGCUGGUUACAUGUUUGAAAAAAAUCACAUUCCAAUCGCAUUAUCUGGGUGUCUUCAUCGGAGUUCUCAAACUCCGAUUUGAGUCGGACUAAGGUGUUUACAUGCACUUCAGUUGUCCGGUUUUAAUCAGAGUAAGGUUUUCUUGAGUGUCAUAGAAACGUUCUGAGUAUUUAAUGGAGCUGGGAGGAUAAUAUGACCUGUUCCCAUGGUUACAACUGAAGUGAAAACAAAUUUAUAAGAUCUUAAUCUGUUCCAUUGAGUCAGAAACACAUCUUUACCUGGCAGUCCUACAGUCUGAGCCCCUUCAGAGUAAACACACCUUUACCUGACAGUCCUAAAGUC